CAAGUGGUCCUCCCGGGAAAGUUCUGUGUGCUGUGGCCCGCGGUGAUAAGGCAGUGCUUCGGGAAGUGGGACUCUGUUUAUGAGGAAGGUCAUCACUCCGGCCCCUAGGAUGCUGGAGAAAUAAAAAUAAGCUCUGCACGUUGCGGGGGUUCUGCACAGUCAGCAGGCCCCUGCUGGGACCAGUCAAGAGCUGCCUUUGGAAGAGAUCCUGACUUUCCAACGCGCAGAUUGGCCUGGAGGAAUGGGAGGGGCUGCUGCCUCUGCCCCGCUUCCCAUAGGUGAAUGAAAGUCAAGGUGGGCCUCCAGCAGGGUUUUGUCCUGUGACAAGGAAUGUCUCCAGGACUUUUUUUCUGCUUUGGAGGCCCAGGAUCAAGGCAAAUUACAAGCGGGAAACCAAUGUGAAGGAAAAACGAACCAAGUUAAGGUGCCAGAUCCUGGGAGAGAAGACCAGCCCUCUCAGAAGCCUGAAUCUGCUGCCGACAAACUCGGGGGGAAGGGGCUUGUUUUAAGGGAAAGGGGAUACCAGAUUUUUUUAAGAGAAGGGGGCACAGCAAGCACAGGUAGGAGGUGAAACUGGUACUGCCCAAAACAGGCCAUCAGAGAGAGGAAAAUGAUGGAGGGCACAACAUGCUCUGGGUAUUUUUAAUUUUUAAAGCCUUUAAGUGACUUCUUCCAGGCCGAGCAGCAGCAGCUUGGUGAAGGGGACUUUUGCUGAGCCCAGAAUGAGGUUCCGCUCUUACUGACCAAAUAGAGGGAACCCACGAUGUCCCCGUCUGUCACCCUUGCCCGUUCCCUUUUGCUGGGCAUGAAACGAUGCUCACCGAUCCCAGCUAAAACAGGAGACGAAGAGCCCAGCCUUCUGUGCAAACCGGGGCUGUAACUGCGCUCUUCUGCCCCCAAGACGGGACAGGACUCCUGGAAGCCGAGGUCUAAGAAGGCUCCCUGGACUGACUGGGCGCUGAGCAGUGCCAGGGGGAGCCAGGCCCUUAGCUGCCGCUCGGAGCCAGAGGGAUGGGUUUGCUCAAGGGCCUCCUGCGAGCCCGGAACCUGCUGCUCGUCGUCUUCGCGCCGCUCCUGCUGCUCCCUCUGCCCGUGCUGCACCCCAGCAGCGAGGCCGCCUGUGCUUACGUGCUGAUUGUGACUGCCGUGUACUGGGUGUCGGAGGCCGUGCCUCUCGGAGCUGCAGCCCUGGUGCCCGCCUUCCUCUACCCGUUCUUCGGAGUUCUCCGAUCUAGUGAGGUGGCCGCGGAGUACUUCAAGAACACCACGCUGCUGCUGGUGGGCGUCAUCUGUGUGGCGGCUGCUGUGGAGAAGUGGAACCUACAUAAGCGCAUUGCUCUGCGCAUGGUCAUGAUUGCUGGAGCCAAGCCGGGCAUGCUGCUGCUCUGCUUCAUGUGCUGCACCACACUGCUGUCCAUGUGGCUCUCCAACACGUCCACCACCGCCAUGGUGAUGCCCAUCGUGGAGGCUGUGCUGCAGGCGCUGGUCAGUGCCGAGGAGGAGCAGCUCGUGGCUGGCAACUCCAGCACCGAAGAGGCCGAGCCCAUCAGUCUGGAGGUAAACAGCCAACCUUCUCUGGAACUCAUCUUUGUCAAUGAAGACUCGUCGACUGCAAACUUCACUUCUCUGAUGCAGAACAAGAACCUGAACGGUGUGCCCAGGAUUGCCAAUCCCACCAAAACAGCAAACCAGCUGGGCAAGCAGCCGCCACUGUCCCAGGAAAAGACCAACGCAGUCUUGACCACGGGCCCCAGGAACCAACUCAACAGAAGGUACAAGUCCCAGCAUGACCAAAUGAUCUGCAAGUGCCUCUCUCUGAGCAUAUCUUACUCGGCUACCAUUGGGGGCCUGACCACCAUCAUUGGCACCUCCACCAGCCUCAUUUUCCUGGAACACUUCAACAGCCAGUACCCAGAUGCAGAAGUGGUCAACUUCGGCACCUGGUUCCUCUUCAGCUUCCCCAUCUCCCUCAUCAUGCUGGUGGUCAGCUGGUUCUGGAUGCACUGGCUCUUCCUGGGCUGCAAUUUUAAAGAGACCUGUUCUCUAAGCAAGAAGAAGAAGACCAAAAGGGAAGAGUUGUUGGAGAAGAGGAUCCAAGAGGAAUAUGAAAAGCUCGGAGCCAUUAGCUACCCUGAAAUGGUGACUGGAUUUUUCUUCAUCCUGAUGACCUUGCUGUGGUUCACCCGGGAGCCUGGCUUUGUUCCAGGCUGGGAUUCUUUCUUUGAAAAAAAAGGCUACCGCACCGAUGCCACAGUCUCUGUCUUCCUGGGCUUCCUCCUCUUCCUGAUUCCAGCAAAGAAGCCUGGCUUUGGGAAAAAGACUGACGGGGAGAACCAGGAGUCCUCACUGGGGACGGAGCCCAUCAUCACGUGGAAGGACUUCCAGAAGACCAUGCCCUGGGAGAUUGUCAUUCUGGUCGGUGGAGGCUAUGCUCUGGCUUCUGGCAGCAAGAGCUCUGGCCUCUCCACGUGGAUUGGGCACCAGAUGCUGUCUCUGAGUAACCUCCCACCGUGGGCCGUCACCCUGUUGGCAUGCAUCCUGGUGUCCAUUGUCACAGAGUUCGUGAGCAACCCAGCCACCAUCACCAUCUUCCUGCCCAUCCUGUGCAGCCUGGCUGAAACGCUGCACAUUAAUCCCCUCUACACCCUGAUCCCCGUCACCAUGUGCAUCUCGUUUGCAGUGAUGCUGCCUGUGGGCAACCCCCCCAACGCCAUCAUCUUCAGCUACGGGCACUGCCAGAUCAAAGACAUGGUGAAAGCUGGCCUGGGGGUCAAUGUCAUUGGCUUGGUGAUAGUGAUGGUGGCCAUCAAUACAUGGGGAGUUAGCCUCUUCCACCUGGACACUUUUCCGGCCUGGGCUCAGGUCAGUAACAUCACUGAUCAAUUCUAACACAAGAGGGCACGUGGCCCAACCAAAAGAGCAGCCAUGCCAGUGUCCAGCAGAAUCUGGCCAGGCAGCCAAGGAAAGUGCCAGCAGUGCCGCGGGAGUCUGCAUCCACCGCCCAAGGCGGCGCCCAAAGCCUCCGAUGACUGCAAACGCACACUGGGAUGUUACUGUCUUCCCUGGCCUCCUUCCGAGGUGCCGGGGCUCAAGAAACCUAAAAUCCUUCUCACUUCCUGCUGGCCAGUCUCUCCAGUUUUUCCGAAGACAGGAAAAGAAGACAGACUGUCUUAGUUGCUCCUCAGUGGCUAGGCCUCCCCUGCUGGCCAGCCUCAGUAAGUUGGAUGUUACUCUUCUUUUCUGAAUCCCAACUUAGGAGUUACAGGAGAAACCCAGAUCAUCCCACCUGUGCACAGAGAGUGAAACCAGUGCCAUCUCCUCUUCUGGGAGAACGGCUCACCUGAACUUGAGACCUGGUGACAGCUCCUUUCUCUGAAGUGUUUCUAUCCUAAGUUCUCUCCACAAAAAGGCAAUUCUUGGUAAAUGCUCUCUGUGGCAAUCAGGGCUCAUAUAUCACUACUGAUUCCCUGGCAGGCAUUUUCUUCAGUGGUUUCCUUUUACCUUGGCACCAAAUCCUGUAAAGUCAUAGUAUUCCCCUUUAGAAAGAGGUUGGUGCUCUUCUCUUUGUCAAAGGAAAAGGAAGAAAGAAGACACACUGACUCAGUACAGGUAUCCCCCACUUUCUGCUUCGCACUAUGACACUUCACUUUCACAAAAGACCUGCAUCAUCAGUGCCUGUUUUCGCUACCUGAAAGAAAUCCAAAGAGGAGUUUCGCUUUUACAAAACAGGUGAAAAGCAAAAAGAGUGCUCCGUGUUUGUUUGGCAGAGAGAUUUACGGAGGCCCCAGGCACCUGCACAGCAAGAGUGGCCCUGCCAGGUUCCUCUCCCAAAACCACACUCAGCAGCUUGAUAUCAAGCUACCAGAGCUUUACACCAUAUGUGUCUGUGCUUUAUCUAGAUUUAUCUUGUGCAUCUAUUAGCAAUACGUGUCCAGAGAUAUCAGAAAAGCAUGGGUGAGACUAUUUUUUGGGUCUGGGGAUGUGAGAAAUUUUUCCAUCUAAAUUAAUGGUAACUGGUUCUUCACUUGAUGCCAUUUUGACUUUGGAAAGGUCUCACAGGAAUGUUCCACUUUUAGACAGCAGAAGGAAGCCUCUCUUUCUCUUUGUUCAUCACAAAGCAUCAAUACUGUUGCACUGGUUAAGUUUGUGAGGGAGAAAAAAACCUUUCAUACCUGUCUUACUAAGGAAGCUAAACUGUAACUAAAAUCACAGCACUACUAAUGAUAUUUGACUGACUUUCUUCUGGACAUAAUGGGUAGUCUGCUCCUAAGAAGACAAGUACAAAAAAGUCCAAACACAUCAGCCACUUUCUGUAAGUCUGUGAGGCCCUGGAAGGGAGGAGAGAGAUCUUACGUCUCUUUAAGUCCCAAGCAACUUAUACAAUAUAGUAAACUGUAUAUGUUUUCCUUGUGAAAAAUCACUUUGGAAACCAAAGCCUCUUUUUUCCUCCUGAAAUCCCAGGCCACAUUCUCCAUGACGGAUGUCCUUGCUCUACGACUGGGUAUAGCUCCCAGUGCCCCCAGUAUGUAGGUAUUAUAGAUUUCUGAUUUCUACCACUAGUUACCUGCUAACUCCACCUUAUGGGGAAGUAGUAUCCAAUUGUUAUUACAUUGUUUUUGUUGAUUUUAAGUCACUAUGGAUAGCAUAUGCAGUUCUCCCACAGUAACUUACCAAUAAAGUCACUCCUGUAGUUUAUGAAGUACCCGUGAACUGUUGUUUCUUUUGUGCCAGUCAACACUUACACACUCUGACCACAGCACGUGACUGAUCAGGUUUAACCAGGAAUAUUACUGCUUCUGCCCUGUCAAUUAGCUUAGGCCAUGUUAUUUGGCCACAAAUAAAAUACCAAUAUUAGGUAGCUGGUUUGAUAAGCCAGCAUCUCUAGUUAUUUUACUUUAAAAUGUUCUAGAGAGUCAAGGAGUUAUUCCUAUUGUCAGAGUAGCCAAAUCAUCAAAUGUCCGACCCAUUACAGACCUUAAGACACCAAGCUUCUAAGUCAGACAGUAAGACAAAGGUGCAGAUAAUCAAUAAGAUUCUGGGAGUAUAAAUAAGUAAAAAGAGAAAGAAAGGUUGACUUGUAAUUCGCAGCCAUUGUUCAGUUAUUUGAGAACCUGACCCACUCCUAAUGGGAACACAGCGCAAGUCCCACUGCAGCAACCACCAGGUGCUGCCGCUGCUCAUGCUUCAGGCAGCCCGUGUACAAGGAGCGCUUAUUUCAGUCCCGUCUAUUGACCGUUCUAAAGAACAGCACUGUUCUCCCCCAAAACCAGAGAUUCAGAGCCAACGAGACUACUCAUCCGAGACAAGAAAUACCAGGUAUGACCAACAACUCCCUGUCAUCUAAAAUCCCUCCACAGCUGGACAGUAUGUAAUAGUGCUCAUUAGUAGUCUUGAGUCUCCUGCAAAUACAUAAUUUGGCUUUAUUCUUCUAAUAUCUCAAUACUCUAUGAAUGGAAAAGCUGUAAGUGAUAUAACAGCUCCUUUUAUAGAUGAGAAAACUGAGAAACAGAGUUAGUUAUAUAUCAAAUUUACUUAGGCAAGGUUGUCUUUGAAAUUCCUUUAAGUCACUGAUGGAAUACAAGAUGUAUGAUCAUUAUGUUAGCAUUUAUUUACAUGGCACAAAGACUCAUGUGCCAUCUUUUAGCAAAUAAAAAAUAGCAAGUUUCCCUCCAGUGUCAGAAUAGAUCCCUGUUUCUUCAACUGAAUACGAAAUAAAGUAGCUGGCUCCACAAUUAAGGACCAUAUUUGAAAAAGUGUACCUAAACACUAGAAUUACUCUCAAUACAGCAAGGUGUUCAAACUACUAGAACACAAAGGGGACAGAGGCCCAAGUGCAAAGGCAGUGCAUUUUGGGGCACCCUCACUGAAUGGAUUCUGAGCACAGCUGCCCGCAUUACUCACAUGCACUUUUUCCUUACCCGCAUCCUACACAACUGUUUGUGUAAGGACGGUGCAGCCACACUGCAGGUAGGGUUUCACCACAGAGGCAGCAAUUCAAGCAGGCCCAGGACUUAGGUUCCACAAUGCUCCAGCCCAUGCACUUUCUGCAAAACUCACUGUUCUGCAUGGAGAAGACAAGUAAAGACUCUAUAGCAUCUUACUACAUUGAUGGACAACCAAUGGGUUGGGGGUGGGGGGAGAGACUUGAUACUAUGGGUGAAUGUUAUAACCACAAUGUUGCUCAUGUGAAACCUUCAUAAGAUUGUAUAUCAAUGAUAAUUUUAAAAAAAAGAUAUUGAAUGAAGAGGAAAGGCAUUUCAUUAAAGAAAAACCUCAGUGCUCUGUUGUUUCUCAAUGCCUUGCAAAACAUGCCAUCCGUUAGGUUUUUGGUACUUGAUUAUAAAUAUGUUGUACCCAGAUUUAGGAAAGGUAUAAACUCAACAUUUGAAAAUAUAAGUGUCCCAAGUUCCCUAUUAAGACCAGGCAAGUUCUCAAAAAUAUUUUCCCUUCACUACCCUGGUUCCUUUCCACAAGGCCCUAAUAGUCACUAGGGAAAAAAGAACUCAUUCAUCUGCAUAAGGAAUGGAAAUUCAACGUGCAAAGUGCAAGACGAGAAGUUUAAGAAAAGCCUCAUUUGCUCCAGUACAGUAUAUAGUGUUCCUUCAGGAGGAAUAACAGAAAAAGCAUUAAAAAUGAAGGAAACCUCAGCAGAAAAACAAAUACUAGCAUAGUAUCUAGGGAGUGAACUGCUUAGUGGAAAUGAAAACAUUAUGCAUGUGUACAUAUGUUCUAAGAACCCAUAUGCACAACUAGAAAAACUACACAACUUUAUAGUCACACAAAUGAAAAUUGAGUAAAUGAGUUAGAAAAAACAUAAAAUUAUUCCUUUAAAUCAGAAGAAAAGUCUAAAGACAUCAAUUGUUAACUUCAACUCAUAAAACACAGCCCCUUUUGACCAAUUUAAAUAAGGUUGUUUUGGUCUUUCUCUCCUUUUGGUUGGGAGGGUUACAGUUUAAGGAUAAGCUUUUUCAAGUCCAAUGUAUUUAUUAAGUUCUCACAUUAAUCCUGAAAUCUUAUUUUUUACGUGAGUCAUCUUCAGUAGUAUUUUUGGGUAACCUUCCUUUUAUGGUCAGGUGUGGCAAGUAGUUUUCUUAAAUCACAUUAACAGUUUUCAAACUUUUUUAAAAGGCAAAGAAGGCAUGUCUUGCAGUGGUUCUUCCCAUCCCUCUGUGGGCGAAGCAAGGGUCCCUUCAAAACACCCAGGAACCUAACUAUGCAUGUUCAACUAUAACCCUAAAAUCUGCAACAGUUAUGGGCUCCUCUUCUAUCUCAGGGAAGAUACUUGCCUGAGAACUCUGAGCUCCUCUUUAUUUCUGUAUGAACCUAAAACUAGGAAAGGAUACCUGAACAGUGACCACAAAGUCAACCUGUAUUCGUUGGGAAGCACUUUACAUGCUGAAGGUAAAUGCAGAACUGAUUUGCUGGAUGGCUCCCACUGGUAGAAAUUAUCCUAUCAGCGAGGUUAAAAGCAAGUCCUAAAUCCAAAUCAACUUUGUUUACAAGGUAUAAUAGAGAGACCUAUUCUCCUAACAUCUAAGUGACCUUCAUCCCCAAAGAAGCCACAUAUAAAUAACAAUGCUACCAAGACUGGUAAUAAGAAAUCCCUCCUUGGAAACAUGUUUCUAAGCUUGUAGUAUUUUGAACGCCCUCAAGGAUGGUAAGGCUUUAUCCUUCAAAAUUGUAGUUUAUUAUAAGGCAGGACAGGGACAUGGGACAAGCAUCAUGAUUAAUUAUUCCUAUGAUGAAAAAUGCUGAAAUAUAAAUAGUAUAGUAAGAACAGGAGGGACUCCAUUUUAAGGCUAAGAUUCCAUUUUAAAAACCAGAGAGUUAGAAGAUAAGAUUCUUAACGUAUUUUAUGGUAAUCAGCCAAUAACCGACCCUAUCUUAAGGCAGGGCAAGCAGUCCUAAAUGGUAUGUCCCCGCUACUUGAGGGUAACCACUAUCUUGGAGAAGAGGAUCAAGAAAUUCCUUCUGUUAAGUUUAUCUUACAGAAUUAUCUAGAGGACUGACUAUGGCUGGUGACAUAACGUCUUUAACCAAGACAGACAUCAUGAGACCCCAAGUCAAGCCUAAAUUGUCCCCCAUCUCCCCACCCCACUUUGCCCCAUUCUUAAAAGCCUUAAAAGACAGAAUCCUAAGCCCUUAUGCACAUCUCCUCUCUGAGGUUCCCUGUACUUCCUUUUCUUCGAGUGUAUACUUUUUGCCUUAAAUAAAGACUUCUCACUGCUCAAAUUACUGUUUUGUUGCUGAGUUCUUCCAGUGGCAAGCAUCUUUGUUACUUCCCUAUUUAUUUCAAUUUUCCAGACUUAAGAACAGUCUUCAUUCUCUCUGUCCUUCUCCAGACAAGUAGGGAGGGGCUACUGAGAUCUCUGAUUUGGGCUUGCAAGUUCCUAUUGCCUGAGUGACCCAAACAUGACUGCAGCUGUACCAUCAUGCUUGUUAGGAGCCUGCCUGAAAAUCUCCUUUCUUUGCUUUUGGGAAGUUCUCAGAACAUAAUCUCACUCUAUCCAGUGCUCCGGGCCUCCCCCAAAUCCUGGGAUGAUAGGGACUUAGUUCCCACGUCGUGCAGAUUCAAGCAGACACUGGAUGCCAGGUGACCCUGGCUUUAUGAGUUGGAAAGGGAUUUGUCCUGUGCCAAGCAGUUCAAUGAACUUCCCUUUCCCCCCUCUGUUCUUCCUUGCUCUCUGCUGCCUGCACACCUGCUGACACUAGCUUCUACUCUCAAUUUAACAAAUUCCUUCCUUACCUACUCAUCUGACCUGGUUCUUUCUCCAUGAAAGUCAAGAAUCCUUCUGUCUGGGUUGAGGUUUCACCCAGUGCAAUGGGAGAGGCCUUCCCAGAUGCAGUUGCCUGACAACAAUUAUGCUAACAAUUCAGCCUUCAAGAUCAAAUCUUGCAACCCAAGUGGCAUGGUGGUAUAACCAAGAGGGAUACUGUAGAUUUUCAUCAGCAACCAAGAAAGGGACCACUGAAUAAUGACAAAUUUUGCAUGGUUCAUAAACUGAUUCCAAAAGUAACUGCUGAAAAACACAAGUAUUCUGAACAAAAGCAGCAUGUUUGGAAAAUAUCAACUAUUUAUUGGGCAAUGUGCAAAGCACUAUUCAACAUGUUACAUACAUUAUCUCAACUGUUUCUCAUGGAGGCCCUAUGAGGUAGGUAUUUGUCCACAUCUUACAGAGAAUACAACAGUUUCAGAAAAAUAAGU